AAUCACCAAAAUCUAUUUGUAAUCGGAGAAUCACAAAAAUGGGAACCCUAGGACGAGCGAUUCACACUCUCGGUAACCGGAUUCGUGGAACUGCCCAAUCUCUUGAUCGCGUUGGUUCUCUUCUUCAAGGAAGCCACCACAUCGAGGAACAUCUGUCGAGGCAUCGGACGUUGAUGACUGUGGUUGAUAAAUCUCCAUUGGUGGCUCCGAAUGCUUCUGUUACGAUCGGGAAAGGCUCGUCCAUUUGGUAUGGAUGUGUUCGUCGAGAUUUGCAGUAUUCUCGUGCAAUUGGCGUUGGACAGGUGCGGCGAUUUAGCGAAGAUGUGUCUCACAUGCCUGAAAUGAAGGACUCUGAUGUUCUGAAUGCAUUCAAAGACUUGAUGGCUGCAGAUUGGGCUGAGCUUCCUUCUGCUGUUGUUCGCAAUGCUAAGAGCGCGAUAUCGAAAAACACAGAUGAUAAGGCGGGGCAAGAGGCUUUGAAAAACGUGUUCCGAGCAGCUGAAGCUGUAGAGGAAUUUGGUGGGAUUCUUACUUCGAUUAAGAUGGAAAUCGAUGAUAGCAUUGGAAUGAGUGGGGAGGGUGUGAAGCCUUUACCAAAUGAUAUAACUGAUGCGCUGCGUACUGCUUAUCAGAGGUAUGCUGACUACCUAGAUUCCUUUGAACCUGAAGAAGUUUACUUGAAGAAGAAGGUUGAGAUGGAGUUGGGGACAAAGAUGAUCCACUUGAAGAUGAGAUGCAGCGGGCUUGGUUCUGAAUGGGGAAAGGUUACUGUUCUUGGAACCUCAGGACUCUCGGGAUCUUACGUGGAGCAGAGGGCAUAAAACGGAAAGAGAAGAUCUUAAAUACGAGCAAAACUUGUUAUGUUGUUAUUGCGUUAUUGUGUCUUAACACAUAAUAAAGGUCAAUCUGACCA